AUGGCGAUGGAAGAUGGCGCCCAGGAGCGCGGGCCGCGGCGGGGUUCGGAGCGGGGCUGGGGCCGGGCUCUGUGUGGCCCCCACCCCGCCCAUGGCCGCCUCGCACCCGCAGACCGCCAGCGCUCCUCGGCCCCGCUGCAGGUCCUGCUCUUCCUCAAUGGCUGGUACAGCGCGACCUAUUUCCUCCUGGAGGGAUUCAUCUUCGUAUACAAGGUGCUGCUGCUGCCCUACCCCUUCACCAACCUGGUGCUGGACGUGGUGCUGCUCUUCCUCUACCUCAGUACUGAAGCCACUCGCAUCUUCUUUGGCUCCAAGGGCAACCUGUGCCAGCGGAAGGUGCCACUCUCCAUCAGCCUGGCCCUGACCAUCCCUGCAGCCGUCAUGGCCACCUACUACCUGCUGCUGCAGACCUAUGCCCUGCGCCUGGAAGCCAUCCUGAAUGCCAUCCUCCUGCUCUUCUACUCCCUGGAGCUGCUGCUGGGCCUCCUGGCACUGGUCUCCUUCUCCAGGUACCUCUGCUAG